AAUACAAACAAAAACCCUGGGCAUGAAGCCGAAACCCCUUUCUCUCUCUCUCUAAAUCCCAAACAAUCUCAAUAAUUUGAAUCUUAACCCUGUUUUAGCGCCACAGGAUUGGGAAUUGUUUUGAAGAUCGACUAAUGCAAUGACUAACGAUCAACCUUCGCUACGGUUGCAUGGUAAUCCAACGCAUUCACUUGAACAACAGUCAGAAUCUCUUGGCCGUCCUACGAAGCUGGCGAAGAUCGAAAACCAGGUGUCCGUUCAGAAAACUGAAGUGAAACAGGGAAACGAGGUCACGGUGGAGGAGGAGGAGGAAGACAGGGAGACAAUAAUUGGUGAGGAAACAAUGAACCGAAAUCCUGGAGCUCAGAGGUACUUGGUUGCGAUUGAGUACAUCGGUACUCGUUUUGCCGGCGCUCAGAAGCAGCCUAGAGACAGAACAGUCGUCGGCGUACUCGAGGAAGCUUUUGGUAAAUUUGUCGGGAAACCAGUUUCUAUCUAUUGCUCAAGUCGAACUGAUGCAGGGGUACACGCCCUGUCAAAUGUAUGCCAUAUUGAUGUGGAGCGUGUAAGCAAAAGAAGACCUGGUGAAGUGUUGCCACCUCAUGAACCUGAUGUUGUUAAAAGAGCAGUCAAUCAUUUCUUACAGAAGAAAGAGGGAGAUAUUUCUGUGAUAGAUGUCCGAUGUGUUCCACCUGAUUUUCAUGCUAGAUAUAAAGCUCAAGAGAGAACGUACUUCUAUCGUUUGCUAUCUGGGCCUGAGCCCUUGUCAGUGCUUGAGAGGAAUCAAGCUUGGCAUGUGUCUGAGGAGCUUGAUAUUAUGGCUAUGCAGAGAGCUUGCAAGAUCCUUGCUGGAUGUCAUGAUUUUAGCUCCUUCAGAGCAGCAGCCUGCCAGGCCAAGUCACCUAUUCGAUCUCUGGAUGAACUUAGUGUAACUGAAGUAUUUUCAACACCUUAUUUUCCUUCAAGCAUGGAGAGAGAUGCGGGUUGGUUAAAGGAUGAUUCGGGUGGUGCAGUCUCCACCAAUAAAUCGAAUUCUGACAUUAUUAUAGCUCAUAACACAAAUGUUGAAUCCAACCCAGUAUUUGGAAUAAGGAAAAGACAUCGUUGCUAUGUGGUGACAGCAAGGGCUCGAUCUUUUCUUUAUCACCAGGUAAGAUUAUUGGUGGGGGUUCUCAAGUGUGCGGGCACUGGAGAAGUGACAAAUUCGGAUGUUGAACGAAUAUUGGAAGCAAAGACGGUUACUGCAGCCAGACCGAUGGCUCCCUCUUGUGGUCUGUAUCUUGGCCAUGUCAAAUAUGACCUGCCUGCCUUAGACUAGAGUGAAACCCCUGUGGUUAGCAAUUUGCAUUCAACUUUAAGUAGCAGAUGCUAUGAUUUUCUUUUUUGUGGGGGAGAUUAGCAGAGAAACAUAAGAGAUGCAGAUUUCUGAUUCUGAGAGUUCUUAUGAUUGAUUGUCAUUUAUGGAUCUCUAAUUUCCUUUUAUUAAUUUAUGUUUGAA